GACGUCGAGGUUAAAGGUCCACAUCACGACAACAACAUCACGGAGCGAACAUCAUGCCGUCUCAGAAUAGCUGAGUAGUUUCGUUUUUGUCUCUGUUUAGUCAACGUAGAGUCGAAGGAGAGGCAUGACAGUCACUGCUGUUUGAUUUGGCAUCGAUAUAUAAGUGAAAUCUUCAGCUAGAGCACCGUUCACAGGUAAGUGACUCUUAGCAUUAGCAUGUUUGUUCGCUGGUUAGGGUUAGCUGCCUGUCAAGCUGUCAGCAUGGUGUUUGGAUACAGCGAUUUAGAAAUGAUCAUGUUGUUUUUGAACAUCAGUAUAGACAAUGUUAAAGGAACCAACUGGCCUAAAUAGGUCUGAUAAGUCGCAAACAUUGUAGAAUAAAAACUCUUCUGUCAUGCUAAACGCAGCUGCAGUAUAAAUGUGUUCUGAAAGUACACACACGGGAAAUUUGUGGUGAUUUCUUCUCAUGAAAAUGUUGUCCAUGAGUCACACUGAGUGUCAGGAACCUUGUCAAACGAGACACAUGUUUGCUCCAGAUUUAAAAGACACACAAAAAAUAAUUGAUCUGCAGGAAUCUGCCAUUUUAGUCGUCCAUUAAUCUUGUGAUUAUUCUGACAGAGAAGAAAUGCUGCACACCCUUGUGACAAUGUAAAUGAUCUUGUCUUACUACUAGGCUCAUAUAAAAUGCUUAAACUUAAUAAGACUGACCAAUGCACAUUAACUUUUUAUGCAUUAGUUAAACAAUAACUUAAAGGGAUAUUCCGGCGUAAAAUUAAGUUAGGGUCAAACACACCAUAACACCAAGUUAGACACCCCCUUGAGAGAUGAAUGUUGCCGACUGCUUGCUCCUCUAGUUAUACCAACUUUAGUAACGACUGCACGAUAGCAAUACACAUCAAUCUACAUCUCCACACACAAACCUCGACCAAAAAGCCACUCUAUAGCCACAGAUAAUGCUCAGAACAGCACCUAACUUCAUCAACGGUACAUAUAGGGUCCCAGCCACAGCACUAGACACCAAACAUCAUUUUAGCUUUGCCUGGUUUCUUUAGCAAAGCGACUUAACAUAAGUCCCCUACUUUCUUCCAGCAGCCGCUUGUUUGUAGCAAGACCUCAGGCCAGUCCAUUAUGGACUGCUGCGGGGUAACGCAGCUCAAGGAAGAACGUAUGAUAAUUUCUUAAUGGAAAUGCAAGCAGACCGAGAUGCUAAGGCAGAAGAAGUAUUGUGUCUGCAGUGCAAAAUUAUUAAUAUGAUGAUUAUUACUAUAAGGAAAUUAUAAAGGGGUGCCUAACUUGGUGUUAUGGUGUGUUUGACCCUAAAUUAGUUUUAUGCCAGAAUAUCCUUUAAUGCCAGUCACUGUAAUUUUGUCUUCUUACUCAGCUGCUAAAACCAGUUUAGUAAAUGGUGUAUGUGACAGAUGUUAAAUAUUCAACUGUCAAAGUAAUACUACGCAGGAUUUUUAAUAGACCAAACACUGGGAAUUAUGUAUUGACACAAGAUCCAUGGGGAAGUAGUAAUGGCAUGUAACAUUUUCGAAUACUUUCCUUCACUUUGAAUUAGGCAAUAAUCAAGAGUGACAAGGGUUUUGAUAUUGUUAAGAGUGUCUCAGUGAGAGCCAGCUCUCCUUGCGAGAUGAGUUUGUGAGUUUGUUCUGCAGCAAUGCUAAAUUCCUCAUUGAGAUGAAAGUGUUAAUGAGCCUCUGUUUAAUGAACCGAAACUGACUGUAAAUCUCUCAUUCAGCAUGGCAGGAGUUUUUGACAUCGACCUGGAGACAGAGGACAUCAGUGACACAGAGGUCUGUACACCAUGGGGAUUAGAAAUACUACCCACUUACUUAUAAGCUGACUAAAAAGAAAGAUAAACAGCUAAUUUGCCUCACUGGAGUUUCUUUGUUGUGUAGACUCUUUAAAAUUGGACACACUGAAAAUGUAAAAUGCAGAUCUCAUUUCGCUUUAGGGCAAAUUUUGAAAAGAUGUACAUUAGUUUUAAAUCACACCUUUGUAUUUUAGAUUUGUCUGGUCUCAUUUUGUUGUGUUUUCUUGUGUAGGAUGAUGUUUGUGACUUCACAGUGACAGAGCCAGAGAAGUAUGUAGAACUUGCACUUAAAUCCAAUGAAGCACAUGUUGAUAAUGAUCAAAAAUUCAUGAAGAUCAACCCUGUUGGUUAAUUUCUGUGUCCUCUUAGUGUCCAGACAGAGGAGGUGGAGUUGACCAGUGAAAGCGUCAACAGAGACAGUGAGAGAGUUGGACCUGACUGCUUUGAGCUCCUUACUGUGCUGGGAAAAGGAGCUUAUGGCAAGGUUUGUGUGUGAUUUUUUUUUUGUGUGUGUAUAUGUGAGCGUUAUGGCAUUUAAACCUUAACAAAGUCAUGUCUUUGUUAAGUUACAGGGACAUUUUUGUCUUUCCACUAACCACAAUUUGAAGAAAGUAUUCAAAUCCCAACCAGUCUGUGUUUUAUGAGUUUUUAUUUGACUUGUACUACAUCACUCAGAACAUGGUGAGGACCCAGACUUGUUUAUUAAAGACAGAUUUAUUGUUGUAAUAAAUCAAGUCCCUCAUAGUUUGUUCACUUUCUGGGCAUGAGUGUCUUUGUGACACAUAUUAUAGUCAUCAUGUUUAACUUUCAAUGAGUCUGUAAUGAUGAUGUCUUGAUAUUGACCAUUAAUAAAACAAUAUUUGAUGUUCAAAGACAAAAUACUGAGUAUUUGUGAUACUCUGUUGUAGGUUUUUCAGGUGAGGAAGGUCCAAGGACCUCAGACGGGGAAGAUAUUUGCCAUGAAGGUCCUGAAAAAGGUACUUGGACAUAGUUCACAGUCCUCCCUUUGAGGUUGGUGCUAGUAAAUAAAAAAAGAUCUGUUCCUUUGUUUUUUGAAAAAUUCACUUAAAGCCAAUACAAAGAUGUAACUUUGCACCAGGUGAUGUCAGUUCCCCAGUGUGAAUUAUCUUAAUGCAGUAUUUGUUCAUCAGCUGAUUUUAUUCAGUUUGUGUGACAUAGUCUUCUUCUUUUGUCUCUAAAGCACAUCAGUGUUAAUCUUCUUUGUACUUUACACCCUGAUGUACAUCAGACAUGGCUGACAGAACUCUACAAAAUGUUGUGUGUGAAUUUUUUUACUUAUCUCAACGUGCAGACUGGUGCAAAGAAGAAUAACAAAGUUUUCCCCCUUUUCCUAGUUUUUAAUAAACUGAUUGUAGUUUUAUGACUUAACAUCUUGAAGUCUUUUCUUUCCCACCCCAUUUUUUGUCCCUUCCUCAACUCUGAUCUGUGUUCACUUUUAUUUCAUAUUUUCAUUUCCAGGCUAAGAUAGUGUGCAAUGCCAAAGACACAGCACAUACACGAGCAGAGCGGGAGAUCCUGGAGACGGUGAGACACCCGUUCAUCGUGGAUCUGCUCUACGCCUUCCAGACUGGAGGAAAACUUUACCUCAUACUGGAGUGUCUGAGCGGUGAGACAUUGAGGAAGAUAUCAGACUCACUUUUUAUCAUUCAGAGUAAAAAUGUUGUUAAAGAGAAGAGAUUUGAGAAAGAAAUGAACGGAGACAUAAAACUUGUCAUUUAACCAUUCUUUUUGUGUUGUUUUCUUCAUCAUUAGGAGGAGAGUUAUUCAUGCAGUUGGAGAAAGAGGGCAUCUUUAUGGAGGACACUGCAUGGUAAGAAUUUAUUUUAUUAUUGCAUAAUAUUUAAAACCAGCAACACUUAUUUUUUUCUCUAUUUUUCACUUUUUCUUACAUUCAGCAAGUGUGCAAGUUAUAUAGUAACGUGGACCAAUUACAUGUCAGCAGACUUUGCUAUAGGCAGAAAAAGACAGUUUUUGUGGUGAGAGCAAAAGCAGACAGGAAACUGUGUUGAAAUGGUAACCCAGCCCCCAUCAGAUUUAUUUAUCUUUAUACACAGAUAGAGAUAGAGAACAGUCUUUUCCAGAUCAAGAUGUUAAGUUUCACAGUGUCUUGAAACUCAAUCAGCAAUUUUCUAACUCCCCAUAGUGUAUCAAAAAUGAUUGAUCAAACAUGCGUUCAACGGAAAAAACAUCUAAAAGUUUUUUUCCUGAAUUAAGGCAGAGUGUAGCCUUUUCGUAAUUUAGCAUUUACAGUAAAACCGAGACUCUCCAGAAACAGAUGAACAAUCAAAGCUCAAGACCCAUUAAUUACGAGGAGGUUGUCUUUUGGAGUCACUUUUCUGAAGUGAGCCAGAAUGCAGACUCUGUGUAACUCACCAUUUACAGUGAAUCUGAGACUCACCAUAAACUGAUGUAUAGUGAGGGAGGAAAGUGAGGUAUAUUUUUGCUAUGGAUGUUUCUGGCUGUGUGAAUUUCCCUUCACUUUUUUUUCUCUGUCACUUCUUGGUUGUUGAUCAGACUAUACAGCAUAGCGCACAGACAGGAAAUGUAACAACUGGCUACACUUCAAUGCCUGUAAAAAGUUUGCUGUCAUUUUAGAGUCUUUGAAAUUUAAUACUCCAAUAUCAAGCAUUAGCUGUUGGCUACUGAGGUCGUCAUGGUUGUAGCCAAGAACCACAGCUGUGUUUCUUUGAAAACACAAGGGUCAGUGUAUGUUUCAGAGAGAUAAGGUUCUCGGUCUAUUUUCUGACGCAGCACGUAAAAAACAACAACAAAACAUUCUCAUUCAGGAAAACUGAAACCAUCUGCUCACUUGCAUGUUUGGAUCCUUGUAAGAAAUCAUAGUUAGCCUAAAUGAGUUUAAAUCUGAACUGUUAUUGAACAGUACACAAACAAUGACAGACUCAUCAGAAUCGUUUCUCUAAAUUCAAUCAGACACACUGUGGAACAUUACCAGAGUUAACCUUUGCUCUUUAGAGCUGCAAACUAAGGCAUUUUUCUUCAAGCUAGAGCACACUCUGUUAAAUGACCUACAGUGCCUUCUUACUAAUGCACAUUUCAAACCCCUGAAUAUGAAGCUGAAAACACCUGAUGAGUCUGCAAUAAAAAGAUGUUGUUCCCUUUCAUACGCCGUAGACUCAAAUGAUCAAUGUCUGUGUGAAGUUUCUAUUUAGGAGAGAUCACACUGGCCCUCGGUCACCUCCACUCCAGCGGGAUUAUUUACCGGGACCUCAAACCUGAAAACAUCAUGCUCAACCACCAAGGUGAUUCGAAACAUACUAAACCAUGUGAUUAAUCAAGUAAUCUUAGCAGAUAUAAGACAAAUCAGCACGUGUAAGAUUUAUAAUUAUCCCAAUGUGCAGAAAGUUAUAAAUGCAUGUUAGAGAGCUUUAGCGUUUAGAUAUCUGUCUGUGAUAGUUUGGAUCUCAUUUCCCUCAGUGAACCAUGUGGUUCAUUUGUUUCCUGUUCUGCAUUAGGCUAAUUUUGUGUGAUUUAGUUUCACUUUUCAUCUAGAUUUAGUUUAACAUCCACAUUUAACAGAGAUACUUUAAACUUCAAUCUUUUUCUUUCUUGUUUUCAAGGACACAUCAAGCUGACAGACUUUGGCCUCUGUAAGGAAUCAAUUCAUGACGGCACUGUCACUCACACCUUCUGUGGCACCAUCGAGUACAUGUGGGUAACACUUCUGUCAGCACAGCGUCAUGUGAACUCACACUCAAAAUUAUUCAUCAUAAUUUUAUACAGUUUUCCUUAAAUCUUUUUUUUUUGCUAGCCAGGAAAUGCCUUGGAAAAGUAUUGAAAUUCAAAAUUUCUAAAGAAUUCAUAUUCGUUUUAUUUCAAUCAUGGUCAUGAGAUUUCAAGGUCAUCUUUUGUGCGAAUUGUAUCAAAUUAUCGCUUGGUUUUGUGACUAGUGACCACAAUAUUAUGUGAUGCAUGUUGAAAUUUGCAGCGGCUUUGUACUUGAAAUGUCAAACAUGUGAGUGAAGACACUUGCAAACAUCAGCAGUGCACCUACAUAUCUGCUAAAACUUACUCAUCAAUGGCUGUUUUGGUAGACUAGGGUGCUACACCCAUUUGAUCUAUUCUCAACAACUGAAUGAGCUAUUUUUCUGGCGUCUUGAUUUACCAGUGUGGCAGGCAGUGUCAAAACAAAGAGGCACAUUUAACCAGCCUAUUGAACAAUAGAUUGAUCUCUGCUGAAUGUGCCGACACUAAUGUUUUCCUCUUGAUAUCCUUUGCUUCAUUUUUACUUCAGUGUCUUUCUUUGAUUAAGAACCAGUCAUUGCCACAUCUGAGUUAAAAAAGUAAACAAGCUGUCCUGAGAAGAGAACAGUUUGUUUUUACAUCACUUCAAGAGAAUAAUCUUGAAUUUUGACGUCAAUGCAAAGGGCAUCAGGAAGAACUGGCAGAGUUUUCAGCUGCUCUAAAAGCUUUGACAAACCUUAACUUUAUGAACUUUAAGUCAUUGAGUUUCCUGUAUGAGAGCAGACCUACUUUGAUUUACUGGCUGUACAAAGGAAUAUUCUUUUUUUUCUUUGUGGGUGACCUGUAGAUGACAUUUAUUGUUCAUCAGUUGCUGGUAAAAAGUUAUUUUGUGUGUAACAUUCCUCCACUAGCAAGCAUUGUCAGUGAGUGCUGUUGGCAGUCUUUGCUGCUGAAUUAAAAACACAUUUGCCAUUGCACCCACUCUGUGAUGAUUAGACACUGCUCUCUUUGAACAUAUAAACAGCCUAGUUUAUCUGUUUUUUUCUCCACUAUGUCAACAGGCUGUCAUUGUAACUGACGUCUGAUGUGUAAAAUCAAAUGUUGGGGUCACUUGAUUAAGGUAUCUCCAUCAGUGUCUAACAAAUAUCUUUAACUCAAAUGUUCAUGCUGUACAGUCAGAGGGCUGCAGCAGACACUGCAGUGAGGGAAGUUACACAAAGUCCUUUUUCAGGAAAAUUAGGCGAAAUAUUCUGAAAGUAUAAGAAGGUUUUGAUAUGUGGUAACCUGUUUCGUCUCCUUUGCUAGGGCUCCAGAGAUCCUGACCAGAUCAGGUCACAACAGAGCAGUGGACUGGUGGAGUCUGGGGGCCCUGAUGUAUGACAUGAUGACUGGAUCAGUAAGUUAGACCUGUGUGAGGGGAAAGUUAAUUCAGUUUGCUGAUGAUGAUAAUGGGAUUUGCCCCAAAUGACGCUACCCAUGUAUCCAUAAAAGGAGGUAAAAGAGAGCGGCUGGAGUCAACAAAUUUAAGACAAUAUUCUUUUGAUCUGAAUCCAAAGUUUAUGACAAGAGAAAAAGAAUGGAAAUGAGACUCGGCUGCAAGUCAGAGUUUGAGAGAAGCAAAAUCUGAUAAAGUAAUACUUAGAUGAAGUCAUUCUUUUUUUUCCUGAAUAUUUGAAUUCUUUUUUUAGCUUUUCUUGGUCUCUAAGGUUGUAUUGAUGAUAUAUAUUUAACACUGAAACAUCAGGUUACAAUUGGUUAGAUCAAGAAACAUUGACUAAGGCUCACGAGUUUCCACUCAGCAACUAGACAAAUAUUUGACCCGUUAAUAUAUAUACAUUUUUUUCCCAAUACGACAGACAAUAGAGAAGCCACAUAUCCUUUCUUGUCUGUUUUCCAGAGUAUUUUUCCCUCACUAAAUGCAAAAACACACUCGUUACUCAUCUGUCCAUUCUGUGCCAUUGUUGAAAUAUAGUGGUUCAAGAUGGUGGCCUCCAUGGAGACGUGCUCCACUGUAGAUAUAAAGGAUUAAUUUUAAGUUGACUAAAACAAAAUGAUUUUUAUAUUCAGGUGAUUGUACACUAGUUCAGACUUAAUAUUCUGACCAAAUCUGUUCUGCAAAGUGCCGCUAAAUACUACAGACUGUACCUUUAUGAUUAUGUUAAAAAGUGUUGAUAUUGAUGAGGGGUUAAAGGAGAGACUCGGACAGAUAUUUAACACAGAUACUUUUUUAUUUUAUUUUGGCCUUUCGUUGGGGGAGAAUAAUGUAUAGGAGCAUAUACACGGUGGGGCCCUCUCAAAAUAAAGCAUGAAUCUCUGAGACUUCAUGUUUUAUCAUUAAAAAGUUACCUGAAGAGCUGUGGAUCAAAACAUUUACAAAUACAAGUGCUAAAAGUGGUAGCAUCCCUGUGAUAAUCACCAUUUUGAUUAGUCAACCUUUCUCUGACGCACUGUGUGCACUACUGCCACCUUGUGGUGUCUGCUCAUGGCUGCAUAUAGUUAGAAACUGCAAUGCAGUUUAAACACCAUAAAUGUUCAUUUUGAACUCCUUUAGCCCUGUGUUUUAACAGCAUGAACAGAAAGAAAAGAAUGGAAAAUAAAGUAAUGGACAGAUAAAUCUCAGCUUGUAAAAAUCAAGCAACAGAAACUCUGAGCUAGUCAGUAUUGCUUUUAGUGAUUGUCCUACAUCCUAUUCACUUUGGCUAAUCCACAAAGCUGCUAACACAACCGAUUACAAGCUGCAUUUUUUUUGCGUGACUGCACAACAGCUCAAUCAAAAAAACUCUGGAACUAUAUUGAGUAAACAAAGAAUUUACAGGACUUCUGGUGCUUUGGCCUCAGAUAACUGUGUGAUAAUCCAAAUCAAAAAUAUCAUUUUCAACUCUCAUCCUAUCUCAUGUUUCUCCUUCAGCCUCCGUUCACAGCUGAAAACAGAAAGAAGACCAUUGAUAGGAUCUUAAAGUGUAAACUUAACCUGCCGCCAUACCUGACUAUUGAUGCAAGGGACCUCAUCAAGAAGGUACACACACACACACACACACACACACGCACAGUCACACACACACGCACAGUCACACAACCAUACGUCAGACCAACAGAGAGACUAAUCCUGGUUUUAUUUGUUAAACUCUGUUCUCACAUGUACUGCCAAAGAAUAACUGAGCUCAUGAAUAGUUUAGUUUGGUUUCAGUGCCUGCCAGUCCUGACAUCCUCCAGUUGUUGUUUUUCUUUCACCAAGUGAGCUGAUGCACUUCAGCUGUUUUCUUUUAUCUCUAGUUUAUCUUUAUCUGCGAGGCUUACGCACUAACCGCCCAGUUUCCAAAGAAUUUAGGAGGCCUGUUUUGGAUUUCAUAUGAGCAUUAAAUUCAGAAGUGGUUUAUAAUCAAAUACAAGACUGAAAUUUCAGAGUUUCACCAGUUUGUAUCUUUGUAUUUUGAUAAAAUAUGAGAUUUGGCUGUUUUAAAAACCAUCACACAGUCUCUGUAUUCACAUUUUACAAAGUUGCAUAACUAACGUUUUUGAAUACAGAGGUACAUUGAAACCUCUGGCCAUGUUUGAUCUCUUGGAUAAUCACUUCCUUUGUUUGGGUAGAGCAUGCCCUCAGUUUUUAUACUAGUUUUUACUCUUGUGACCAAAAAGAGAGUCGUUAAACCUGCAGAUGUUGUGACAUUAAAGUUAAGGCUGCAAAGGGGGGAACUGCCUGUCCUGUCCACAAGGUUAACUAUGAGAAAUAAGACAAAUUUAAGACUUGGCAACAGCUCCCUUAACCAUGGUGAUCUAUGUUUUACAGAAGGUGAAUUAUGAUAUUUGUCAAACUGGGUCAUAUGUAAAUGUUUUUUAUAAUGUGUUUUAGAUUGGCUCCUUGUGUCAUAAGUGCCCACUAAAGUGAAUCCUGUAAAAGUGUUUAUUUGUUUAUACAGAGACCACCAGGCUCAGAUUUUUAUUUUGAGUGUCUGACAGCUCUAUGAAAAUGAGCCCUAUAGAGAUACUCUUGUCGUUUAAGAGUAAAAUGUUGAUGUUGAACAGGAGACAGCUACACUAUCACACUCUGGAAAGCCACAACACUCAUUUUUGUAAAGCUAAUGCUCUACUUGGCAGAAGUUGAUGUUUGUUAAUACCUCAGUAUCUCUGGAGACUUUGUGUUACUAUGAAAUUGUUCAUUAGGAUCUGAUACAGGCUUUGUGUAAAACCUGUUAACACUAGCUGCAUCAUAUAAUCAACUCUGGUGCUCAUAGUCGAGGAGUUAAAAUGACUGUUUUGAGACCCAGCAUUCAAAAAGGUUCAAAAAAGUAUUUCUCUUAUAGGUAAACCUCUUUAUGUCAUGUUUUUGCAACAGAGUCAAAAGUUGAUCAUUUGCAGAUGAAGCACUUUUAAGUUGAUUUACUUGAUUUAGAUUUGAUGUCUCCACCAUUGCAUUCUGUUUGGUUUGAACUAUCAAACAUAAUUCAGCAAAACAAUUCCAAACUUCACACAAUCCAUCCAAGUUUUUGAUCAUUAGGGAAACUGUCACAAAACUUUUGAAAGCAUAUCUCAAAGCUUGACAACUCCAGCAUAAAGUCCUCCAUCUUCAAAGUGCCAUUUUGUUGUCUUCAAAUCUUUUGUUGUUCCAGCUGCUAAAGAAGAAUCCAGCCCAAAGACUUGGCUCCAGUAAAGCAGACUGUGCCGACAUCCAGGUGAAAUCUUUAUUUUCUGCCUCGAGAAUGCUUCACCUUAACAAGCAAACACACCAAACCUGAAGCCUGGUUCUACGAAAGAGGAUUAGGAGGGCCACAAGAAGAGAAAAAAUAGUUACAGGAGGGAGAUUUUUUUAAUUUUCCAUUUUGAGAUUAAAGUCGAAAUUUCGAGAUUAAAAAAGCCGUAAUAAAGUAAUGAUGUACGAGAAUAAAGUUGUUUUAAAAUGAUUACUUACAAGAAUAAAGUCAUAACAAAAUCAUUUCUUGAAGAUGAUUACAAGAAUAAAAUCGUAAUAAAAUCAUUACUUAUUCAACUCAACUUUAUUUGUUAAGCACUUUAAAACAACCACAGCUGAACAAAGUGCUGUACAUAAAUAGACAAAACAACGAGACAUAAAAAACAAACAAGAAUAAAAUAAAAUCAUAAUAAAAUGAUUACUUAGGAGAAUAAGGUUGUAAUUAAAUCAUUUGUUACGUGAAUAAAAUUGUAAUAAAGUAAAUACUAACAAGAAUAAAAUCAUAAUAAGGUAAUUACUUAAAGGAAUAAAAUCAUAAUAAAAUCAUUACAUACUAGAAUAGUCAUAACAAAAUUAUUACUUAUGAUAAUAAAAUCGUAAUAAAAUAAUUACUUACAAGAAUAAAGUUGUAAUUAAAUCAUUACUUAUUUUAACCUGUUGUUUAAGAUGAUAGUUGUUGAAAAGAGAGCCAUGGAGCAUUUAGUGAAAAUGUACUUCAAAAUAGAUUUCUCAAACAAGGAGAUACUUCAUCUUUGACACAUCAGCACCACAUUAUCAUAAGUAUCAUAAUGAUUUUAUUACGGCUUUAUUUUCGUAACAAAUGAUUUUAUCACGACUUAAGUCUCGUUAGAAAAGAUAUUUAUUCUCGUUAAUUAAUGACUUGAAUUUCAAAGUCUCCAUUUUUUUUAAUAUGGCCCUAAUACUCCGUUGUACUGGUUUACAUGUGUGUUUUUAGGAAAUACUGCAGUUUUCUUUUUAAAUGGAAAGUGUACUGAAGAGGUCACUGUUCAGAUAAACGUCCACAGAUGAAGUAUUGUUGACUGUCAAGUAUCAAAGUGGUAACAUUAUCACCUUUCAUCAUAGGAAAUAUUUUUACUGCUAUUCUGAUACGAAAGAUUAUGGAGAAAUUAAUCUGAAGUUAAAAACAUCAUUUGCAGUAUUCAGAGGACAAUGAAGGGGGUGGAGCUGUUUUUAGUUUAGAGUUAAAAUCUUCACCUUAAAGAAUCAGAGACAGUUUUUAGUUGUGACCAGAUGUGAAUGUAAGAAACAUGACUCACAGUUCACCUGCUGUUCAAGGUUAAGUGUUCAUGUCUGCUCAUACACGUGUCAAAUGUUCUGCUUUUGUCCUCUGCAGAAACAUCCUUUUUUCAGACACAUCAACUGGGACGACCUGCUGAACAAGAGAGUAGAGCCACCAUACAAACCACAACUGGUAGGUCAUCUACCGCCAUUCUAUGCCCAUAGUGUUACUAACAUGCUGCUGUGUUAAUAUCCCUCAUGUUACUCCGAGUUACUUAAACACAGCACGCCUGUUUCCCCUUUGGUCUUUGUGUUUCAUUUUGACUGGCUUAAAAUCCUGAUGUAGACACCAGUCCUAUUAACUUUUGUUCUCUAUUUUCCACUGUGGGGCUCAGUUUGGUUUAAAAUCCUGAUGUAGACACCAGUCCUAUUAACUUUUGUUCUCUAUUUUCCACUGUGGGGCUCAGUUUGGUUUAGUUCAUAUGAUAUGGUAUGAUCUUUACUUUCUCCUACCUCCUUUUCAACAAACGGUACGCUUAAUACCCAAAGAGAGGGGUGUCGAUAGGGGUCGUUUAUUUGGGCACUUGUCCCAGCUUUCAAAAACAGAAAUGCAGAACCACAAAUGCACCACAUGUCACUGUUUUGCGCCCAUCAACUUUUCUAUCUCCUGAGUUUGGUCUUUCUGUCUCUCUACAGCAUUCAGAUGAAGACGUGAGCCAGUUUGACACCAGAUUCACCCGGCAGACGCCUGUGGACAGUCCAGAUGAUACGACACUGAGCCACAGUGCAGAACUUGCCUUUGCUGUGAGAUUUGUUUGUCUCAUAUGAUUUAAAAAAUAAUACAUAUAUAUAUAUAUAGUUUAUUGGGACUGUAGAGACCUCAAUCAGAUUCCAGUUUUUUUAAUCUCUUCCUUGUAAAACUAAAUUCACACUGAACAAAAGGACGAGAAAAGAAAGAGGCAGGUUAUUUUUUGUCUGAACCUCAGAACUCUUUUUCACGUCAGGGAACAGACAUGAAAUGGACGGUUAUUCCUGCAAAAUCAGUUCACAUGUGUCCAAACAGUGAACAAAGUACAUCCCUAAAAAGUAUUUGUGUUUGAUUUGGGCAGACUUUAUCAUCAUCAACUUCAUCAUUACUCUGAAGACAAAAUCAAAUACAGUCAGAAACAGCAGCUGCAAACCUGAUUCUGUUUGCUAAAGACAGUCGUUUAAUCUUAUUUUGCACUACAUAAGGGCUUUAGGUGUGACAUAAACACUUGUCAUAUACAUUAAUACAUGUAAAACAGGGCCUUGGUUUUAAAGUUACUUCUUAAACUUUAACAGGGAACCCUCUAAAGUGGUGAUUCUAUAUUUGAACCAUUUUUACCUGCAGGGCUUUACCUACGUGGCGCCAUCUGUCCUGGAGAGUCUUAAAGAAGGUUUCUCAUUUGAACCUCGAUCACGACCUGUACGCCGACACAACAGCAGCCCACGCACACCUAUCAGGUAACACACACCAUGUUAAAAACAUAUAAAGAUAGCUUUUGUGCAGUCUAACGUGAAUAUUACUUUAUUGUACAGCAGAGUAACUAAAACACAACUCUCAGUAAUCCUCACCAGCAGAGCUUGUGUUACUUUUUUCUGCCUUUACUGGAAUAAUCUACCAAGUAGAAAAAAUAAAGGGCAGUAUCAGCUAAUUCUCACAAAUAUAAGCAAUGGGUCAAACAAUAAUAAAACAGAUUUCUAUGGUUUGCAAAUCUCUCACACCUGACAAGCAUUCAACCCAAAAGUGUUCAAAGAUAACAAAUCAAAAGUUGAAACUGAAACAUUUGUUGUUUCAUAAAAAAUUUGUGUUCAUGACAAAUUUGAUGACAGUGACACAUUUCAGAAUGGAUAGAUGGAAAAGGGACAACUAAAGGCUUAAAAAACUUAUGUAAUUCUUCAAAAACAGUUGGACUAAGAGCUUCACCACACUGAAACUUUGAUAGAAAAUAGUUUUAAAAAAAGCAUAUUUCUUAGUGUGAAAGAUAUUGUCACCUUCAGAACAUAAUACCAUCAAAAGAUUCAGAGAAUCUGGAGGAAUCUUUGUACAAAAGGGACAAGGACCAAAACCAGUACAUGGCUGUGAUCUUCAGGCCUCAUUUAUAAAGCUUGCUUACGCACAAAACCUGGCUAGAAAUUGCGUACGCCACUUCUUACGCAAGAGUUGGGAUUUAUAAAAGAAAAACUAGUGUAGGAAUGUGCGCAACUUUAAGCAAACUCCACACCUUGCUUACGCACUUUUUGGAGACAAUCGGAGCAAGGUGAGAAUAGUCCGGGUGAUGCGUUCAGCACAACGGAUGACUCGAUGCAGCCUUUCUGUCCUGAGAGCUGCAGCUGCCGUACCAGGCAGUGAUGCUCGCAGAAAGCACAGACCCCACUGUGGCGGUGUAGAUAGUUUGCCAAUUUGAAUUUACAAAUGUGCAAAAAAAACAAAUUCCAUUUACAUGCAUUUGUUUUAAGUUUAUAUGACUAAAUCUUUUUGGUUUACGAACUUUCACCACAUAAGCAGCGGUGGAUAACGGAGCGUUUUUUUUUUUUUGAACACAUGCACGAGUGUCACACGUGCAUGUUUUUUCUGAUUCUCACCUGUCGCCGCUACGCUCUGAUGGUGCAAAGCCACUUUUUUCUUUGCCUCCACCUUUAGAUCAGACCACUUCUUCUUGAUUUCGGCACAGUUUUGUUUUCGUCUACGUCAUCGUCAACGAAAACAAAACUCCACGUGUUUGCGCGUGCGUGCGUGUGUGUCUGUGUGUUGGAGGAGCACAGCAGGCUGAUGACAGCUGUCAGAGCGGACAGAAGCUGCUCCUUUAUGUUAAGCGUUUAACUGACUGAGUUUUGCAACUCUGGUCGUCAUUUUCGUCUCGUCCCAUCAACGUAAACGCACUUUCGUCUCGUCACAUUUUAGUCAUCUCCGACUUAUGUUUAGCUCGUCAACGUUACGUCUUCGUCGUGGAAGAAAAGGGAAAUAUUUCCGUCAACAAAAACAACCAGUGUUGUUCUCGUUGAUGAAAAUAUUUCCUUUUGACGCUGGUGUUGACGAAAAUAUUUGACGAAAUAUGACGAAAACAACACUGUUUCGGCAACGCUGCGCUCAGUGCCAGCCGCAAUUGCCACCACGGCAACGGCGUUUUUAUUGGUGAUGCCACUCGAAUGGCCGCCGAAUAAGGUCUCCCGUCUCGCCGCCACCUCAUUUACAAGAACCUCCACCUCGAUCUCUGAAAAGUUUCUUUUUCUACGACUUGCUGAUGCCAUGGUUAAGCGUGAAAUGCCGUGGAUCCACCAGGCUUAUUUACAUGCAAAUCACAUUCAUGAGGUAAUUUGCAUGACGAUACAUGGUGAAUUUUGGGUGUGGAGAGGGCGGGGAAGAAUCAAAUCCCUGCUGAGCAACUUUCCAGCUGGUCUGUGAUUUAUAAAGGGAAAGUGCGUGCAGGUGUGCGUAGGCAGGGUUUUAUAAAUCAGAUUUUUUUUUUGCCUACGCACUUUUCAGCUUUUCAACUUAUGUACACUUUUAGUAUGGAUCCUACGCUAGGUUUUAUAAAUGAGGCCCCAGGCCUAUCCAUAGACUAUGUAUAGAAUGGACAGCGUCUGCCUUGCUGGGUGAAGCCACUGUGAAAACAGCACCCUCUGGUGACGGGCUGCAGUAUAGGUCAUAAAUCCCACCUCAUACAGCAAUCCCUAUGGAGCUGUGGACAAACUUUCGAAAUUUAUUACACAGAAUAUACAUUUUUCUCCCACCUGCUUGUGAUGUCGACAUGUUACUGUCAGACUGGUUUGUGCUCAAGUCCUCUUUUUUCUGUACAACUCAAUUUUUCAAAGUUAUUAGGGGUUCAUGUUUUCUAUGAUUGACACUUGAUACAGCCUAUGGGUGUACGAAGAUUGCGUAACUCAACAAGGGGAUAUGCUGUUUGAGCUGAGCGUCAUCACAGCGUCUCUCUCGCGGAAUGCGUACAACGCUACUGCACAAUGUUGGUUUCAGGAAGUGGAGAAAAAACCCGGAAAUACCAAGAGCUUUUCGGCUUCAAAUCCGUAUACUGGCGGAAGGCAGAACCAAGUUGUCCAUAGUAUAUACAGUCUAUGGUCCUAUCACAGAUAGAAAUAACUCUGUAGUGGAAAUCUCUGCAUGGGCUCAAGAUCACUUCAGGACACUUAUGUCAGUGAGCACAGUUUAUUAAAACAUCCGUAAAUGCAGGUUAAAACCUGCAAAGAGGAAAACAUAAAUAAGCAUAGUCCAGAGAAGACACUUCUCUGAGGCCAGGUGGAAGACUGUCCUGUGUUCAAAUUUCACAUUCUUCUUGGAAAUCAUGGGUGCCAUGUCUUUUGCUCUUAAAGGAAAAGGACCUCCUGGCUUGUUAUGAGUGCACAGGUCAAAAUGCCAGCAUCUCUGAUGAUUAACAGAUGUAUGUAGAGAUGUAGAGUUUUCACGUCUAGGAAAGCUGCAGUUGAUGCUGAUCAAUAUCUACAGGUUUAGGAGAAACAUCUGAAGACCUUCAUAUUUAAGUGAGACAAUAACAAACCACAUUCUGCAGGGAUUUCAAAAGUAUGGCUCUAUAGUAGAAGAGUCCUGCUGAUAAACUGGCCUGCCUGCAGUGCUGACUUGUUACCUAUUGAAAAGAUUUUGACAUUCUGACAAAAUAAGUCCAACAUAUGAGACCCUGAAGUGUCCAAACCCCACAAACGAGUGUCCUUGGUUCUGAAAUAUUUACUGGUUACUGGUAAAAUGAUAACAUUUUUCAGUUUCAACAUUUGAAAUGACUUGCAAACCACCAGAAUCUGUUUUUGUUGGAAAUGGGGCUGUUCAUUUCUCACAACUUUUACAUUGUCGUCUUCUUCUCUUGUCUUUCAGUCCUCUAAAGUUUUCUCCAGCUGGACCCUUCAAGUCUAGCAUUGACGGUGAGCCGGAUCUUUUCUCUCCAACCUCUCCACCAGCAGCUCCAGUUCGUACUCCGCUGGAAAACGGAGCUGCCAGUCAGCCGAUCAGGACCCCGGCAAGGAACAAGAAGAAGGGACAUCGCAGAUGAGGAGGACAUCUUGGUCAGGUUGAUAUUUUUAAGGAACUCAGUGAGCGAUGAGAAGCAGAGCUGAGGUGUUGAGUUUUUGCAGCUAUCAUGCUUGUUUGAAGUGGUUUCUCAUAUUCAGUUUUUACUGUGGGGCUUAUUUUCAGAGCUGUCUGCUUGAAAUCGAAACCACCUAUCCACUGGAAACAUGAAGCUUUUACUUUGUGGUGACAAAUCUUACUUUGUGGUGGUAUAUUUUUGUAGAUAGCGUUAAAUCAUAAGCAUUAAUUUAUCUUCUAAACAUAUUCUCUAAAAGUUCACUUGAGAGUUAACAAUUAAUUGCAAGAUGGUUGGAAAUCAGUACUUGUAAGAAGGUGUCAAAUCAGUGAGAUGAAAAAAAACAAAAAUUGUCAAAACCCUUUUCUGAACAGCAGAUGGCGGUGUUUAACCUUAGCAGUCAGAGUUACCAGAGGUUUUUUGGGGGGAUGCUAAUUCACCCAACUUUUCAAUUACCAAUAUUUUUGCAAUUUUCAUAGAACAUCGUGAUCCAGCUGAAGACCUUUUGUGUCUUUUUACAAAAAAAAAAAAGUCAUAUCAAAGCAGAGCAAAACAUGCUAAAUGAAGGCAUCACAAAUUUCAGUUUUAUGAAGCGAUCUCUCUCCUGAAGCUCCAACAUAAACUGUGGGUUACUGACAUCCCUAAAAACUUAGAAAAUAUCAGUUUGUGUAUCUUGCUUUGUGAGUAGUGUCUUAUUGCAUCCUUACUUUACACUUAUGCAAAAAGAUAAAAGAAAAACCACUUGUACAGUAAUAUUUUCAACAAAAAGCACUUAAAAAAAGGCCACACCAUCUGAUUUUCCUUCAUGGACUCACCUGAACCUCGCUGUGAAGAGAAGGUCAGGUGAAUGAUAGAUUAAUCAAUAAGUGUUUCAUUUUUCAUGCUUAGACAAUUACAGCAAGAGGGAAACGUCUGAUUUAUAGUUUUCUGGGUUUGUUAGUUCAUUAAGUUUUAAUUAGUACAUCAGAGUUUGUAUACGGAGAUUGGAUAUUACAGUUUGACGUUUUAAUUAGAGAACUGAUGACUGAUCGUUUGAUUGAGGUCUGCAUUUCUAUUCCAUUAAGGUUGAACUGUGGAAACUGACCUUCAACAUAAAACUUUCAACUCCAAGAGGGAUUAAAAUCUCCUUAAACCUGGGGCCUGUUAUCACAUACUACAGGCCGUGAAUGCUCGAGUGGUACAGAAAGUUUUACUGGAGAUUGCUUCAGACAGCAGCCACAGCAGAAAGUCUAAUCCUUACAGACAGGCUUUUUUCCACUCACGGUGCUUGUUCUGGUUCCUUAAAAGCUCAAGUUUUUUUAAGGCGUCUGACAACAUUAUUUAAAUCAACAUUUUUCAGAGUGAGGCAAAAUCUCACUUUUUCUACCCAAUAAAGCCUUCAAAUCAUCGUUUUAUGGGCAACCAAACUCUGUAGUCAGAACACAGCGGUUUCUAGUUUCCUUAAAUGUUUUUUUUUUUUGUGUGGAAUCAUGUGUCACCAGUGCUUUUAAAGAUAAGUUAAGGUGCCAAACAAUAAUUUUGCAACACACUUUAACACAAGAAAGCUCAUUUAUUUAAGAAGUGAUAUGUAAUCAGCACUUUGGCUGGAAGAGGUACAUAUUUAGAGGUGCACUAGAGCAGGAAUAAGCCAAUUUUCAGCCUGUUAUGAACCGACCAGUUUCUUCGCUGAUCUCAGAUUUUCACACAUGAGCUACAUGUGGCAUGUCUUUUGUAUAGAGGUACACAAGUAACCCAGAUAAACCCUCAAACACAUAAACAUUUACACAUAUGCAAGAAAAACAUUCUUUCAAUUGAAGCCAAUUCAAGUCAAUUCAGAUCCAUUAAAUUCACCUAAAUUUAAUAAAUUUAAGUUAAUUCAGUGCCAGUCAGUCAAUGCAAGAUUCAGAGUAGGAUUCAAGUCAAUUCAGUCCAGUCCAUCUUAGUUCAAUUUAAGUGAAUUAAAUUUAAGUUAACUUAAAGUUUCUGUAAGGAAUUAUUUCACAGGUUAUGAAAUAGACUGAAAUCAAUACUGAUAUCAUUCAUUGACCAGCAAAAGGAAACCAGACUAUCAGCAACAUGAUUGAUAAUUUCUUUAUAGUAAUUUUUGUCUCUGCAAAGUCAUUACAGAGUUUUAGGUGUCACACAAAUCCAUAAACAGCAUUACACAGAAACAGCCUUAGUUUUCAACUUCCAUGGCAAGAAUUGGUAAUUUGUCAGAUACUUAACUGUUAGAAGACAGCAGGAUGAGGUUUUUGGUCAGAAAAUGACACCUGCACUGGUCCUCGUCAAAUCAGUAAAGCCGUCAAGGUACUUCGAUGACCACAGGGGGCGCUACAAUGUACUCAAACAAAAAGUUAAUCGCAGGAGCUUUAAGUAAGUUCAAUUCAUUCAGCACUAUUAUUUAAUUCACUUUGGGUCCAUUUAAUUCAAAUACAUGAAAUUCAUGUAAUUAUAUGUAUAAGUAAAAUUCAAAUCAAAUUUAAGUCAAUUCAGCUAAUUUCUUCUUAGUUCAAUUCAAUUUAACAGAAAUCAAUUCCAGCUAAUUCAAGUUAAUUGAAUUGAAUCAACUUGGAUUAAUUGAAGUAAAUUCAAUUCAAGUCAGUUUCACUCGAGACAAGUUGAGUCAUUUUUUGCUAUUUCAGAAUAAAUCGAUCAUAUUAAUUUGUCAAGUUGUUAAGUUGUUUACUUCAGUUCAAGUCAAACCAAUUCAUUUCAAGUCAAUCCUAUUUAUUUAAAAAAGAAAGACUUCAUCAGUCCUCGGCAGGUUUCAAAGGUUUUAGAGCGGCAGUUCAAGGCAAAUUCAAACAGCAGUUGGAAAAUGAAUAAAACAGAUAGUGCAAGGCCGUUUCCUUACACUCUGAUUUCAUUCAGUCCUUAAACGUAAUGUGCAGAUCUUUAGAACUCAUUCAUUUAACACGGAGGUUACUCUGUGUGCUUCUCCAGAGCCUGAGGAGUAAAAUAUUAAUGAUAAUUUUCUUUGAUUUUUGUAUUUAUUGGUUAAGGUGGAACACUUAGAUGAUAAACUCUGUGUGUGAGCAUAUUAUGAAAAUGUUGGAGCUGCUGUGAGAUGAAGGACUUUGUGGAAACUAUUUAAGAUUCAUGCACAUUGAGAAUAAAAGGAAACUGAACAAGACAAAAAAACUCCUAACAGCCAUAAAUACUAUUCAUUGAGGCAGUUAGAGAGAGUGAGAGUGAGAGUGAGAGAGAGAGAACCUGUUGUACUGAUUUGUUAUUCCUGCAGGAUUCAGGAAGCAUGCAGCUGGAGAGAGUGAGGAGGUUACUUUGAUUUAUUCAUUAAUGAGUCACAUUAAACUUCUCAGGAAUAAGAACAGUAUUCAAGGGAACUUAAAGCAGAAAAUGUAAUGAUUAGAUCAUUUAAUACUCUGGAGAUAUAACAAGACAGAUCAACCAUAAAUCAUGGCUUAAAAAUACAGGAAAACAGGAAGAGUCACAUUUUUUAAAUUUAUGUAGAAACAGAAAAAUUAGACCCCGCAGCUGAAACAUUGAAAAAAUAAAGAACAAAAGGAAAAGAAAAGAAAAAAAACACCACUUGCUAAGAAAUUGAAAGUAAAAUUACUGUUCUGUGAAGUAUUUUGCCUUUGCAAAAACAAGACCUCAUUCUUUGUAUCAUUUUCUGGUCUAAGGAAUCCUUUUUUUCAAAGUUAGCUGGACACUGAGUAAGCACUGCAGCCUUUUAUCGCCAAAUACAAGCUUUUUUAUUAGACAUACUCUGAUUGUAUGCAUCGCAAUCUUCUACAAAACGUAUGAACACUGAAUCACACAUAUUUCCAAUUUAAGGACUUAGGUUUGAAAAUAUUGAAACUCCUCUUCAGAGCAGAAAGAUUUCUGUAAGUUUGUGAGUUGACAUAACCCUUUAGUGAAAUGAAAUGUAUGCAGAAUAUGCUUUUCACCUGAAUGUCAGAUGUUAAUCUUUAGUGUCUUUCUUCAUAAUGGUGCCACUCAUCACUGUUUUUUAACCCUCUUACUCUCAAAAGAGGUUCAUCGCAUCUACUGCCAAAGCUUUGCAACAUCUUAUCCUCAUAUUGUACAAAAGGAACAAUCAUAUUGUGAUAGAAAGCACUUCUGUAUUAUUUAUUUAGGUUUAAAAAAGCAACUUUGUCUUUAUGUCCUAUACUGCAGCCAAACACCAGGGAGAGCUCCAAACAUCUUGACUUCACUAUUGAGAGCUGUCAUGCAGUCUUUUUAAACAGUCUCUUAGUACAAUGUACAGCCAAUGCAAGAUGCUAAAAGUGGUGCUUUCUGAAAACAAAUUCUAAUCUUUUAUAAAAACUUUAUUUUGUUUACUGAACCUUAAGUAUUUUUACAAAUUAAAUGAGGUUAAAUAAUAUUAAAUAGCUAUUGACUGACUAGGUUUCAAAAAGUGAUUGUCAUUGCUUCGCAUGCCUGUAAGACUAAACUGUGGGUUAAACUGAUCAGGUGACACCACUUUCUCUGUUUCAGUAGAAUGUAAUGAGGUUCAUCUAAUGCCAAAUUUCUUUCUGUGUUUAAAUAUUAUUUAAAAAAAAAAAGUUCAGCUCAAAUGUCUUACAGAUCAAGUGAAAUGAAGCUCUUCCCUGGAACAUGUCAGUACAUGUUGUAUUAGACAAUAAAAAAGGGGAAACAAAACAUACACAAGUUUUUAAGCUCUGAAACACAAAACUGUUGAAGACACUGAGACAAAAAUAUAUAAUAAACAUGUGAAUAAAAAUACUUUCAUCUUGGUUAUCAGUCAAUUAAUUGUACAGCUUUCAUGAAUGCCUCUAAUACAGUCAUGUAUAUAUGUAGAGUAUCUUUGUUUAAUAUGAGGUUAAGGAAAAGUGUUAUUGUUUGAAUUGCAGAUUGGACCUGAACCGGAAAAAAAAAAUCAAUGUAAAUAACAUGACUAAGGAAUAGGCCUGGACGAUAUAGAAAAAAAGCAUAUCGAUAAAAAAUAAAUCAUAUUGAUCGAUAUCGAUAAUUAUCGAUAUAAUUAUUAUAAUUAUUUAACAUAUAUUUUAAUUGCAGCCCUGGAUGUUUUAUGCUAUUGCUUAAUGACCUACUUUUAAUAAAGAACACACAAGCACUGAAUUCAAAUUCAAACCUUUAUUCAAUUACCUUUUUUAUUUUACCACAACUGAAAGUUUUUUAAAAAAGAACUAAAAAAAAAAAGAAAUCAACUUAAGUGGCCUGAGUGACAUCAGUAAAUACUGACAAACAUAAAGACUAAAGUGACCAGAAAAUCUGAUAAAUAAAUAUUUAAAUAGUCUUUUGAUGAAAAUAAACAAAACAAACAAAUAUAUAAAUAAACAGAAUAGCUUUAGGUGGGAAUAGCAUACUACCAGUUUUAAUUGUGUGGGAAACUGCCCACAGCCUGGUGUCUGAACACUGAAAUAUUUCUCCCGGGGUCGGGAGAUUUAUUUUUUUUAAUUAUCAUGUGAUUGACUUAAUACGCAAACUAAGCACGAGAAGCAGGACUUAUCCAAGCCGGUGUUGUGUCGUAGAAUGCAUCCCUGCCGAAUGCACCCCCUGCUAGUAGCCAUGAUCCAAAUACUCGCGUCUUUCUAAAAUAUGAGCUCAUUUUCUUCCACUUUAAGAAGCUACACCGGAACGUAUUUCCUCCGCACCCUUCUCACCUUUUCAAUCCCUGACCCAUUUUCAUGCCUGAAGCGCUGUGUUUGAGAAAUACUUGCGGCCGGGCACUUCAUAUCGCGGGUCGAGAGUGGCUAGAAGCUGUUUGAAGCCAGGCUUUUCAACGGUAGUUAUUGGCAGUAUGUCCCUCGCUAUGGAGCAUGUUACUGCAUGGGUGAUGUCCUUAUGCCGCUCGGACGCUUUGUCGUAUUUUUGGCAAGAAACAAAGUCCAGUUUGGUCUGCUUCACAUGCUUUGUGCUGGUGCUGGCAGCGGUUCCAGAGGAUUCCUCCUCCGACGAUGACGUGGAGCCGCGGCGCGGCCGACACAGCUCGUACUCCUGCGGCUGCGACCGGUUUAGAUGGUAAAACAAGUUGGUUGUGUUACCAGACUUGGUUUUUACUAAUUCUCGGCAAAUUUUGCAAACGACCGCUGUUCGCUUUUUGUCAGACUUGCAAAAACCAAAACAUUGCCAUGCUGGUGAACUACUGAGACCUUUUUUCGGGACAAUGUCCUCCGCUUCUCCUUGCUGUAUCAUUUUUUCUAAUACACGUGCUGUCUGUUGUGGUUUGAGAGGGGCUGGGCUUGGUGCCGUAGCGUACCUGGGUCUGCGUUUGUGAUUGGUUUGGAGGAAGUAAUGACUGUAGUAAAAGCUACAUGAUAGGCUAUGAUGAAAAAGAAAGGGAAACUGUGUUUUUCUAUCGAACUUUUUAUCGACCCGUUUUUUUUCUAUCGCACCACACGUCUAUCGAUCGAUAUAUAUUGUUAUCGAAUUAUCGUCCAGCACUACUAAGGAAGUAGUAUUUCAGUUUGUUUGCUUUAUCAUCUGUUUGCUUUGAUUCUUGAACCUGCUGCCCGUCUGUCAUGACUCAAAAUGAAGAAUAAAGAAUGUAUUUACCAAUCUCACAUCCAAAAUCAUGUGUAAUUCAGAUAGAUAAUUGUAUGUAUGCAUGCAGGUUAUUUAUGUACUCCCAACUCUGGCUUGUACGAGUAGGGAUUAUAGUGCAGAUGAGACCGGGGCAAAGAAAAAGAGGUGAAACAUGCCAAAAAGCUUUUUCAUUUAAUGUGAGCAGUAAUUGCCAAGAGAGCCAGCUGGUAAAACACAGAAGUUCACCAGAAAGACUGCUCUUCAUAUCUAGUUUGAAACCAAAUGACGACUUUGAAUUGAACCAUAACCAGGCUCUCCUCCUUGAGUUGUGCCUAAUUUAACCAUAAUGUCAUAAUGUGGUCACAGUUUGGAUAAGUGUAAACAUGAUUUUUUAGCACGCAGUCCAGUUACUAUUGACCCAGCUUUGGUGUGCUGCAAAACAACUGUAUGGAGCACAAAACCAGGCAGAAUUCUAUCCUCCAUUACAACAUCCUGGCUUCCAUCUGAGAUCAACAAAUCUUCUCGAUGCUGUGCCAGAAAAAAACAAAGAAAAAACAAUCAGUGUUCAGAUUUCGCUACUCCCUGGGAUGCAUCAGGAUUGACUGAUUUGACCUUAAAUAGGCCACUAGUAGAAAGCUUGUUCUCUUCUCUUCUUGAGGACAGACCUGAGAGAGUUUGACUCACACAUCUGCA